AUGACCGAUGUAGAGAGUGCUUCUUUUGAUGAAAGCUGGUCAGAUGACUCUUGGAGCUCGAUUUCUGACGGUUCUUCUCUUGACGAUUGGAUUUGUUCAUUUGAAAAUCGAGUCAGUGACGACCACCGCGACGAUUCCAUACCUGACCAAGACCCUCAUCAUGGUACCCUAGGCUCCCUUCAAAACUCAGGAUCUAAGAGAAAAAAUAAAGAGAAAGAAGAAAAAAUGACAGCGAUUCAGAAUGCUCUACUACUUUCAUUAAAACUGCUAAUUUUCAUCAAAUUGAAGAAGUUUUUUGAAAGCUGUUCACGAAUAUACAUCUCUCGAUAA